AUGGUGAUGAAGUGGACUACUGCAUGCCUUGUGGCACUUGCCAUCCUUGGCAACUUCUGUGAUGCACAACCUGCAACUACAACAGCUCAGCAGCAACCAGGGAAACAAUACCCUCAGCAGGGAAUGAACACACAAAUAACGCAAUCAUUGGAGCCACCAGUCAAUUGGGAAUACCCCCCUUAUCCAACAAUUCCACCCAAACAAGAAAUGCCGUUUGUGUAUCAACAGCCUGUUGCAGCUGUGAGCGUGGCUGUCCAUUGCAGAGAAAGUGACGUUCGCGUGGAAGUCAAGAAGGACUUUUUUGGCACUGGUCAAUUCAUCAAGAAAGAUGACCUUGCCCUGGGAGGUUGUGCUGGCUGGGACGAUGCUACCAAUCGAUUUGUGAUUUUUGAAAAUGCCCUCCAGGAAUGUGGCAGCGUGUUAAAUAUGUAUCCUGAGUCUCUCGUCUACACCUUUACUCUUAACUAUAAUCCUCGACCUUUGGGUGUUACCAAUGUGGUGCGGUCCAGUAAAGCUGCUGUAAUUGUGGAAUGUCAUUACCAAAGGAAGCAUAAUGUGAGCAUUGGUCCAAUUUACCCUGACUGGAUGCCAUACUCAGAAUCUAAAAUGGCCAAGGAUUUCUUAUACUUUACUCUGUCACUCAUGACAGAUGACUGGAAGUUUGAGAGGCAAAGUAAAAUGUAUUACCUGGGAAGUAUGAUUAAUAUUGAGGCCAUGGUCAUACAGUGGUUGCACGUGCCUCUCAUGGUCUUUGUUUCUGAGUGUACAGCUACAAUAAAUCCAGACCCUAAUUCCCAGCCAAAAUAUGUAUUCCUGACUGGCAAUGGGUGUCUUAUUGAUGCAAAGUUCACUGCUUCUACAUCUGCUUUUGUGAAUCGUCCUGCGGACAACAGGCUUCAAUUCCAGUUGGAAUCCUUUAGAUUUCUUUCAAUGAAUUCUGAUGAGAUCUACAUAACCUGUAAGCUAAAAGCCAGACCUGCUGUUCUUGGUGUGAGUGCGACCCACAAGGCCUGUUCUUAUAAGAACAAUAUGUGGUUGGAGCUUAGUGGACAGAACAAUUUCUGUGCAAACUGUGAGACACUUAAAUACGAAUCAGCAAGUGGUGCAUAUGGAACACCUGAUAAAAUAAAAGUAACUGGUCUUAUUUGUUUAAUCAUUCUUUUUACUGUUGUGAAACGAGCA